CCUUGCGCCUGCGCUUUCUUUGCUUUUCCUCUCCACCUCCUUGUCUCGUCCCAACCACAGUCGACUUUUUCGUCUUCUUCUUUUCGUUUCUGUUCCUUUAAUAUCCUCCUCUCUCUUCUCUCCCUUCUCUUGCGCUCUCUUUCCCUUCCCUUUCUUGUCAUUCCUUGUGCUGUUUUGACUGGUUGCCUUGCGGCCGCCCCGAGAAGAAAAAAGAGAAAAGCAUCUGUAGUCCUCAGGGCUUCAAGGUCUUCCUUUGACAACGUCUAUUUUAGCAUAGUACUGUUGUUAGGUCUCAUAUACGCUCGAUCUCCAUCUUUCGACCUCCUCACCGUUCACAAUGGCGCUCGAAUUCUUACAGAAUGUGCCCCGUCCGACAAUUGAUCGGCCCUUUGGCAUCCACCUCUGGCCCAUCUUCGACCAGGCUUUCGAGAAGGUCGUGGGCUAUCCCGCCAGCGAGUUCAAGUUUGUUGAGGGAGAGACCCCCAUGUCCGGCUUCCGGGAAACCGCUGCGAUGCUCGUGACCUACUACGUCGUCAUCUUCGGAGGCCGCAUGGUCAUGAAGAAUUUCCCUGCCCUCAAGCUCAACACCCUAUUUAUGAUUCACAACUUCUACUUGACCGCGAUCAGCGCGACUCUAUUGGCCCUCUUCAUCGAACAGCUUCUGCCCACCAUCUGGAGAAAUGGAAUCUUCUUCGCCAUCUGCGACUACGAGGGUGGAUGGACUCAGCCCCUGAUUGUUCUGUACUAUCUCAACUACUUGACGAAGUACUUGGAACUCAUCGACACCGUCUUCCUGUUCCUCAAGAAGAAGCCUUUGACCUUCCUCCAUACCUAUCACCACGGUGCCACUGCUCUCCUCUGCUACACCCAGCUUAUCGGUUUGACCGCUGUCCAAUGGGUUCCUAUCACCAUUAACCUUUUGGUCCACGUUGUCAUGUACUGGUACUACUUCCAGAGCGCCCGUGGCAUCCGUAUCUGGUGGAAGGAAUGGAUCACCCGUCUUCAAAUCAUCCAGUUCGUUAUCGACCUUGGCUUUGUCUACUUUGCAUCCUACACCUAUUUCUCCUCCACCUACUUCCCCUGGGCACCCAACAUGGGCAAGUGUGCUGGAGAGGAAUUCGCUGCCUUCGCCGGAAUGGCCAUCCUUAGCUCCUACCUGUUCCUGUUCAUCUCCUUCUACAUCGCUACCUACAACAAGGCUGCCAAGACCGGCCGCCCCCGUCGCAACACUGGCAGACAGGCUGUUAUCGAUAUGGCAAAGAUGGAGGUCGUCCCCUCUGCCAACGGCAGCGCGGCCAAUGGCAACGCCAAGUCGAACGGAGCAGCAACCGCUUCUGGCCGCUCCAAUGGCCCCGUCACCCGCUCCCGGAAGGCCUAAGCCUAUCAUAUCUCUUUGGCAUUUUGGAAUCAUAUUGGCAUGACUUGCGGAGCAACCCGCUUGGUAUGGUAAUACCUUCGGAGGGCCCACGGGAGGGCCAGCAGAAUGCCCCAUUCCAGGAGUCAUAUUCGCUUUGGCCCCGUUCUAGUUCAAAUUGGAUUUUUUG